GGGCCACCACCACACCGUCCCUUAUUUUAUAAAUGUCCCUGCCUCUCGCUGCUCCUUUACACUUCUUCUUCCCCACACCCAAAGUCGAGUCUCCCAGCUUUAAAUGCCGAUCUCGUUGGAGGAGCUUCCUUACGACGUAUUAUACUACAUCACGGAGGAUCUAAAUCUCGACGAUACAGUGAACUUGUGUCACACAUGUCAUCAAUUACGGACUCUCCUCGACGAGAGCACGCUCUGUCGGAAGACUGUGGAAAGACAUGCUCCCGGCAGCAAAGAGGCACAGCUCGCCCGGAACGGUGACAUUACGUACGGCGAGGCCAUGAAAAGCAUACACAGCCGGCGCAAUGCAUUCUCGAGAGCUCUUCCGUACUCAGCGCGGAUAGUCGACCAGGGAAUGUCCUUUACAUACCGUCAGGGGAUUCUUUGUGUUCUCGACGGUGAUGUUGUGCGGGUCACUGGUGUGCACGAUUCGGCACAGCCUUACGAGAUUGAUAUCUCGCGUGCAAUCAAGACUCCUUAUAAUUCACCGACCGGUGGACCCUGGAAAAGCUCAUCAAGCAAUCCUGAAAUCAACAUUUUGGCUUAUAGCGAUCAUGUGCUCGUGCUGCACUGUGAGCGAAAGGGGCGAUCGAGCAGUGCUCGUCUUUGGAUUAUCAGUACGAAGCCUGGCCUUGCGGACGACGAGAGACUGCUCAGGGACAUCUCGCUAGAGUCCAGCUUCAAGAUCUUCGCGCGCUGUAGUGAAAAAUUUGUCUACUACGGCACCUACUCUGGGACGGGCAACAGCGGGCACCACGAGUGGGAAAUUUUUGGAGUUUCGCUCGAGCAGGAGCAGACAUGCAAGCCGCUCCAGCUCGAGGACUUCUACGGCACUGACGUCGGCUCGACGAUAGCGUUCGAGAUCCACAACGGGUACUUCUACGCCGUCUCCAACCAGACGUCCUUUGACGUUGAGGAGGUCGACUGGACGAGCUUCUACCAUGUCAUUCGAUUCCCCGUCGACACGCCCGUGCCAGAGGCCAUGGACAUCAAUCCGAGAGUCUACCGACGGCAGCACGCAGAAGGCCCAAUCCACGACUCCUGGCUGGACCUCACGAUCCAAGUCGACGAGAAGACGAACGAGCCCAUCAUCGUCGAAGCGCGGCGAGAAUGGCGGAAAGGCUCCAGCCGACAGCUCCGCACGUUCUACAUGACGGAGAUCGAAUUCGACCCGUCCUCGACCUCAGGCCCGGAGUCGAGUGCCUCGUCCUCCAACACCGGCGCCGCAGACGGCUCCGCACCGCCAUUGCUACCCCUGGACGACCCGUACACGCACCUCGUCGGGUCUUCUGACCGGCCCAACUACGCACCGGAGCAGAGCCGGGACGACUGGCAAGUACACCCUGAAUUUGCGCCCAGCAACACCUACACGCGGUCCUUCAUCCUCGCCCGCACGAAAUUCAAGGGGUACAACUCCUCCGCGCAGUCGUUCAUCGACCUGGUCGAAGACCACGACUGCUGCUCGACGAUCCCCGGGUCGUGUCUGCGCAUCCGCGUGGGAUCACGACACGAGGCGCCUCCACCUGCCCCGCUGAUGGCACAGUGCAUGGCGGCAGCGGCCUCAGGCAAGGACGAAAAGCAACCCGCAUCUGCAUCUGCAUCUGCAGCCCUCGACAGCACCGUCACUCCCGCAGCAACAACCAGGUACACCUACCCGGAGAUUCAAAUGUGGCCCCCACGGCCCUCGCGCUGCAAGUGCUCUGCGAGGCUUCACCGGAUCCUCAACCCAGACCCCCUCGUCCUGCUUGGCGGCGGCGGCGGCGGCAGCAGCGACAACGACGGAAGCAGCAGUAGCGCAGGACAACAGCGCUGCGUCGCUGCUGCCGUCAUGGACGAACGCAGCCUGAUUUACCUGGUCAAGCCCGCGCGGUCGUACAGUGGUGAUGCGGGGGAGAGGGGCGUGCUGGUGUUGAUUAGCUUUGACGAGAGGAUCCGGUGUCCUACUGCAGCAUCGCCGUCGUCGGGUAUGGAUGGCAUGGAAGGUAUCCUUGGAGGAGGACAACGAGGGGAUGCACAGAGGGAGUGGAGGUAUAGGGAUGGUGGGGAGAGGCGGCAGUGCUGCAGGGAGGGAGUGUGUGAAUGAAUGCAAUGAGCGUGCGGGACUGUGGUUUCAAUGCAGCCAGCCAGCCACCCUGACGAUGCAACUGAUCGUAAAUGAAACAAAAAGUAAAGAUAACAUGAAAUAAUGAACACGAAAUUCAAAAAAGAAGCACAUUGAGACGGAAAAGUCAGGCGUUGUUUUGUGGGUUUGCAGCUUCCGGUGAACGGACCAAGGUACCUUAGUGAUGGAGUAAACGAAGGGAAAGCGAUGAAUACGACUGGCUGCAAUUGAGCAUAUGUUCAAUUGCACCUUUCUUUUACAUCAACAUCACCAUCGUGUCCUUCUUCAGCUGUUACUUUGAAAUAUGGGAAAUAUCCAUGAAGCAUGAGACGAUGAACACAUGUGCAUUCCAACUCUUCACAUGUCCACACGAUGGCACAUGAAAUUCACA